AGCAGUUAUGUGUUAAAUUGCAAUUAAAGGGUGAAGUUUAUUCUUGACUAGAGUAGAUCCGUUAGACAGAAUGCUAUUGUGUAAAACUACUGAUGCAACAGAUAGUAAUUUGAGCAAUUUUGCAAUAAGUUAUACAGGCUCUCUGUGGUUUCUGACCAAGGGCAGCCAUGUUUUACUAACAGCAGUGUGGCUUUUUGUUCUACUAAUAUUCAGUUAGAUCUCACCCUUCCCAUCAGUGGAAAUCACAAAAUUGAUGACAAAUAAGACUUAUUGCUUUCUGUGAGUGUACUCUAGUGGGAUCUAUUAUUGGGUUUAGCUUAGGAGUUCUAGCGAUUAAGCUUCUUAGUUCAUUCAUGUCAAGUAGCAUAAAUUUCAGAUGGUGAAUAUUUGGAAUGCCUGAACAUUAAGUUAAAAUUCAUAUAAGCAGUACUUACAAAAAUAUUUUCUUUAAAAGGAAAAGUAUAUUUCUGCUCACUGUUUAUUUAUAAUUGUGAGUGUCUUUGAAAAUUAAAUAUGAAACUUUCCAACUCAUUCAUGUAACUGGAGUCUUAUUUUUUUAAUCUAGGUAAAAUACAAAUACUUGAAAAUUUUAUAUGGAGAACAUGCACUCUUAUUGCUGAUAAGAGAAUUAAUAUUUAUAUUCAGCAAGAGGCAGUAAGAAAAUUGAAUACAAUGCUUGAUGCUAUGCCUCGAGAUACAAGAAAGAAAAUCAUUUCUACAAAAGAAAUGCUACAAGCCAUGAAUGACAUGGGAAAAAGAAUUUUGGAUGCUGGGGACUAUGAUCUACAAGUUGCCAUUACUGAAGCUUUGUGCCGAAUGACAUCAGAAAAACAAAGGGGAGAGUUGGCAAGCCAAUGGUUUUCAAUGGAAUUUGUAACUAAUGCGUUUAAGGGAAUUAAGGAUUCCGAGUUUGAAACAGAUUGCAGAAAGUUCCUGAAUCAAGUGAACGGUAUGCUUGGAGACAAAAGAAGGGUAUUUACCUAUCCUUGUUUAUCAGCUAACCUGGACAAACAUGAGCUGCAGAUCCCAGCAGAUGACAACCUUGAAGAAUUUUGGAUUGAUUUCAAUACUGGGAGCCGAAGUAUAUCUUUCUAUGUUGCUGCAGAUGGUGAAGGUCAUCAGUGGGAAACUGUAUGUGUACCUGAAGAAGAAGUCAAAACAUACAUUAUCGAAGAAAAGGACAAAAAUCAAUUGUUAACAAUACAUCUGUGUAAUCCGACGUCUGUGGGUAUCCAAGAAGGGGACAAAAUAACAUUGUGUUUUGAUUCUGCUUUGGAAAUUUCGGAUGCAGUAAAAAAAGUUUAUGGAGUUAGUAAACAUCAGGUAAGAUGA